CGGUACGUCCAGGAGCAGCAGGCACAGAGCCACUGCUGUCCAUGCUUAGCCCAUGUGAGGCUGGCACUGAGGAUUUUGGCAUAGAUAAUUUUAGGGCGUGGCAAGCGUUGAGAAGCUCCUGCUAAGAAGAUCAAUGUGUUUGUUCCAGCUGUUAACACGCUUCUUUCUGUCAUCUGUCUUUCUGGAUCUUGUUUCCCCUUGUUUUUUUAACUUUUUUUUUUCUCAGUCUCUCCGCCUCUAUCUCUGUCAGCUUUGCUGAAAUAAAGCUGUUUCAUUCUGCAAAAGGGACACUAGAAUAUCUGUGGCCUGCAGGGUUAAUAUAGUUUGGAAUUGUUUUUUAUUUUAUUUAUUUUAUGAUAAUAAAACUGGUGGCUUGCUGCAUUUCUUGCACUGUCAGAGCUGUUUGGUGUGCUUUAAUUUUAGAGGACAGAUCGCUUCAUACACACACAGUGUGCUUCAUCCCUUCCUGGAUAACUGCAAAGAGAAGGGAACAGGUUUUUCCUCCUCUGUUUAUUGACACUGAGCAAGAGAGAGUGUGCGUCAUUACUUGUGGCGACUCAAGCCGCAGUAAAGCACAGCAGGAACUUGCUUGCACACUCUGAGACAACAUCAGACCGAGUUACAGGCUGGAGACUCACUACUCCUCUCCUCUGUGUGCUGUGUUCCCUCUUUCAUAACUGACCGAAGCAUGCUGCUGCAGACUGGGGCGAGGGAGAGCUCCCUGCAGCCAGCAGGAUGCAUCUGGUUGUGGACUCCUGUCAGGAUGUUGUGAUGAAGAUGCUGCCGUACUUUGUGGAGAAUGCAUUUGUCACACAGAGACAGAUCUACCACAUUUUAAGUGAGAGUUUCUUCAUGGUGAAAGGGGCAGCUCUCUUUUUGCAGCAGGGCAGUUGUCCACAGGGUCAGAGAGGUCAUCUACACCACAAACAUGCAGGUGACUUACCUCAGCAUCUACAGGUGAUGAUCAACAUUCUUCGCUCCGAGGAUCGCAUCAAACUGGCAGUGCGGUUAGAGAGUGCAUGGUCGGACCGUGUGCGGUACAUGGUGGUGGUCUACACCAAUGGCCGACAAGACACAGAGGAGAACAUCCUGCUGGGCAUGGACUUCAGCAACAAAGACAGUAAGAACUGUUCUAUUGGGAUGGUGCUGCCUCUGUGGAGUGACACCAAAAUUCAUUUAGAUGGAGAUGGGGGCUUCAGUAUGACCACCGCAGGGCGCACGCACAUCUUCAAGCCUGUGUCGGUCCAGGCUAUGUGGUCAGCUUUACAGAUCCUGCACAAGGCAUGUGAGGUGUCACAUAGGUAUAACUAUUUUCCCGGUGGCAUGGCACUCAUGUGGAUGGGAUACUACGAGAGCUGUAUCAGCUCAGAACAGAGCUGCAUCAAUGAAUGGAAUGCCAUGCAAGACCUGGAGACACUGCGGCCGGAUUCUCCAGUCGUCUUUGUAGACAAGCCAACAGAGAGGGAGAGAACAGAAUGCCUAAUUAAAGCCAAACUCCGGAGUAUCAUGAUGUACCAGGACCUGGAAAACAUCACGUCCAAAGAGAUCCGAAAUGAGCUGGAGCAACAGAUGAACUGCAACCUGAAAGAGUACAAAGAGUUCAUAGACAACGAGAUGCUGCUUAUUCUUGGGCAGAUGGACAAAGCCUCUCUCAUCUUUGAUCAUCUUUAUUUGGGUUCUGAAUGGAAUGCUUCCAAUCUAGAAGAACUUCAGGAAACUGGGGUGGGCUACAUCUUAAAUGUUACAAGGGAAAUAGACAACUUCUUUCCAGGAACAUUCUGCUACCACAAUGUCCGAGUAUAUGACGACGAGGCCACAGACUUACUGGCCCACUGGAACGAUACCUACAACUUUAUCAUUAAGGCAAAGAAGAAUCAGUCCAAAUGCUUGGUUCACUGCAAAAUGGGUGUAAGCCGCUCUGCCUCUACAGUAAUAGCCUAUGCUAUGAAAGAGUAUGGUUGGUCUCUGGAGAAAGCCUAUAACUUUGUCAAACAGAAGCGCAGUAUCACGCGUCCCAAUGCCAGCUUCAUGAGGCAGCUGGCAGAGUACGAGGGUAUACUGGAUGCCAGUAAACAGCGCCAUAACCGCCUAUGGCAUCCUGAUUCAGAGUGUGAUCCCCCUGACUGCCAGCAAUCUGCUGCCCCUUGUUGUGUAAAUGCAGAGGUUGUUGGUCACAUCACACCCAACCCCACAAACCCUACGGUCACAGUAUGCUGUGAGCCUGCUGCACACUCCUCUCGUAUCAGCCUAGACCUGGAUCCCGCCCACCCGCAAAACUUCCACUACUACUUCCGCCGCCUGUCUGACUCCGCCCUCGACAGCGAGCCAUCCACUCCAAUUCAUGCUCCGCCUUUGGUUGAUGUAGAUCGUGUUUACAUAGAGGUUGCAGAUGUGGAGAAAGAUGCACUUCUUGAUGAUGAAACUUUCGAGGGGCGCGAAGGAUUUCCUCGACCUCACUUUGGUGUUCCCGUAGAGGGCACAGCUGCUCAGACCUGUUCUCGAGGGGCAGAGCCUCUGGAGGAACUACGUCUGCGGUUGGAGUUCAGCACGGUUGAGGAGGAGGAUGAAGAGGAGGCUCAGAAAGAGCAAGAGGAGAUGGAGGCAUUAGCAGAGGAAGCAAAGAGAGGGGAUGGGGGAGGAAGAAAAGAAAAGGAGGCAAAUAAAAAGGGGAUUGACCUAGCGAGCAUGAACCAUCUGUGCAACGAAAAUUCCAACAACAACAACCACCUCAGAACACAGCAAAUUCUCACUGAAAGUGCCCAUCUGAAGCAGUAUACUAAGCCUAGGAAUGCUCCUGGCUCACCAUUCAAUUCCAAGCCCACCCAGAGUGCUCUGUUAGAGGCAAACAGACGAGGCCUUGCUCCCUUACCCCUUCACAGUGUGCCCAGUGUCUCCAUUCAAAUGCCACCCUGUGCCAAAUUGUCCAUGACACCCAAGUGUGUCAAGCCUGCCUCUGAUCUGUGCCUUGGUGCCAAUGCAAUGCCCUUGGGGCAUAAGAAAAAGCCAGAAUGCAAAUCCCUUGACGAUCCCCACCAAGACAAUGGAAUACCAUUCCAGGAGGUCAAGGGGGAUGGAGAUAUUGAUGCACAAGGUUCCUCUACUCUACCCAGAAAUGAGAGUGAGAUCAAGGGUCUGGAGAAGGUAGAGGCCUCUUACUCCCCACAACAACAAGAGACUCUAAUCCAGUUGCAAAGGUCCGGCCUUGUUCGGCGACGAACAGAGCACUUGGAAAAACUUUCUGGGUUUUUUCAUGAGCAUGCACGUGCAAACGAGCAAGGGGAAGCUAGUUCAAGCAAAGGUGAUGAUGCAACAAACAAUUCCAGUGUUCCAACUGACCCAUUCCAAAAGCCUUUUGGAACAUGGACAGAUUCCUCUACUGAAGCUGCAGUGCUAUUGACGAACGAGGCCUUGCUGGCAGCUCUAGCAUCAGGUGGUUUGACGCCCGUCUCUUCCCCACAUGGUUCCACGCUCACCCGCAGCUCCAGUAGUGACAGCCUUCGCAGCGUCCGUGGUAAACCAGGCCUUGUGCAUCAACGUGCACAGGAAAUCGAAGCCCGUAUGCGACUAGCAGGACUUACCGUACCUUCUCGACUCAAGCGUUCCAACUCUCUUGCCAAACUGGGCAGCCUUACUUUCUCCUCUGAGGAUUUGUGUUCGCCGUGCUCUUCAGCUGCAGGAACCCUUCUCAUGCUCUCAUUGUCCCCUGAACCUGAGUGCUCAGUCAGUCCAAAAUGGGCCAGACCUUGGGCCUCGCCCUCCUCCUCAACCUCCACCAACAUGGAGGUCUUCACCCAAAUGGAAGCAGGACCUGGAGAAUCCAGGAGCUGACAGCAAGAGUGGAAGAUUUUAGUACAACGAGACCUUUGGCUUAAGUCUCAGCUGGAUUUGUGCAGAUAAAUAUUUAUAUUUAUAUAUUUUUAAAAACAUUUCAGUACCUUGGGAACAUUUACCAAGCAAUGUUCUUGCAGAGGGACAGAUCAAACCGAACGUACAAGUUGGGUAAAGAGUGUGCCCCACAAAAGAAUGAUUGGAGAGAAUAGCUUUGAGUUGCUUCUGUUUUUUAAAUAUAUAUUUAAUGAAUAGUUAUCCAAAAUUUUCAGGACAGGCUUUUAUUGCAUGAAAUCCAAAUGGAUGUGUUUUGCACAUGUCGAUCCCAUGUUCAUGUUGGACAACUGCACUGACUGACAAACUGUUCAUGAGGUUUUCAGCUCUGUUUUGAAAUCAAAAUAAGCACUCACCAUCCCAGAGACCAUUACUGAAAGAGUCCAAAUAGACCAUUGUGUAAUGUUUCCAUCAGUCCACCCAUUUAUUGCACUAUAAAUCCCUUAUUUGUGGACCAGUAUGAGUCACAGAUUCCUUCGGACAUGCUCACAAAUUUGAAAAGCGUUUAAAAUCCUACUCCCUGCCAGGCUCUCACUUCCUGACUGUAUGGUGAAAGGAAAUGGACUCUCAACCAUGAUUAGGAAAGUUCUCUGUGUGCUGAUAGACAUUAUGAAUGUGGACAAGGACCCUCUGUUCAUCCAUACUGUUCUCUUGUAUCAUUUAAAUUACACUGAUGAUUUUCACACAGAUUUCAAACCAAUACCUCAUACCAGUACAGUAAUGUUUGUAGUCCAGGCAAGGGUUGUUGCCUAAAGACAGCAUUUUUAUGGGUGGGCCCCUGGGCCAUAGAGGAGUUUAGUGAGCCCCCCUUGUCACAUGGUCUGGAACAACAUUGUACCCCCCAUGGUGACAGCCCUAAGCCAGGCAGAUAACAAAACAUGAUGACUGGCAACAUUUUAGUGCAGUGUGUGCUGAGGGUCAUUCAAACUCUGGUAUUGGGAAAACUGGGGACUGGACCACCAAGAGAAGGUUUGUUUUAGAUUCUUCCAUACUUCUUAUACUUGAUAAGGGUAAUAUGAAAGACAAUCAUUCAAAAUAAGGAAAGACGAGCACCUCACGCACUCAAUCUGUGAUCAACUUGAAGUGGCUGUUCUCUUUUCCAACACUUAUAGAUGCUGUUGUUCUAAAUAAUGUGACUGUAUGUGUUGCUGUCAUUUAGGCCUGUUGGAUUACAGUUAGAAAAAAGAGCAGUAGGGGUUUGUCUCUAAUAGCACAUACGUGUGCUUGUAAUGAUUUUAUAAAAAUGGGAUCUCCAUUUAAGUUUCUUUAGCAGAAGAGCAGCUCCAUGUUUCUAAAGGUGAUACAAAUCAUUUUUCCAGGUAAAGAGAGACUUUUAUAUAUUUGAAAUCUUUUCCCUGAGACAGUAGUGACAAAUUCUGUGAAAUGAUCUGAGCGAAAUGAUGUGUGUACUCAGUCUAUUUUCCAUAAUGAAAAUGAGGUAAAGUUGAACCAAAUCUUUACAGAUGGAGAAUUGAAGAUCACACUAAUUCUAAACCAAGAUCAGACAUAAUGGGACUUAUAAGGCAAACACAGUGUGACAUGACCUUUAUAGCAAUUGAAAUUGUUUAGCUGUGAGGGUGUCUCUAUGGGUAAAUCUCCAGAACACAUUUAAACCCCAUAUCACAAGAAUAGAAAACAUAUAUUGCAUGUAGAAACAAAGCCUGUUUUAGGACAAUUGACAUUAUUUUUUUUUAUUUUUUUUUUUGUAAUUCCCAUUAUUCUCAAUUGACAUUCUCAUUAGUUUCUAAUUAUUAGAAUACAGUAUUUUCACUGUAUUAUGGUCAAUAAAACACGGUCAAAUUAUUUUUAUUUAAAUCACCAUACAUUUAAAGGCAGUACAUCAAAUAAUUCUAUAAUUGUAAAUACUUUGCAGUUAAUUUUAUUUUUUUAUUUUAUUUUUUUUGCAUUACAGUAAUGUGAAUACAUUUCUUUGUAUUACGGUAAUGAGAAUUUUGGGGGAAAUGUGCUUAAUUGUCAUGAAAAUCAUGUCACAAUGCAAAGCAAACUUGACCCGGGCAUAAUCUUGACAGGUUACUUGAGAUUCACCCCUAUGUCCAUCUGUGUUUGAGGAUGCUUGCCAUACCAUUUGAUAUAAUCACAAGAGCUCAAAUAACAAAAACAUGUUAAUGUGUCACAUUUAUUUUCAUGUUCUGUGUCAAUGGGCCUUUAUUUACCAAUCAACUGGCCAAUUACAACUUGCAUUGAAAUACUUGGUUUAUUAUUAUGCAGCAUACUUUUCUAAUAUCUUUAAAACUGAUUUUUAAACAUUUAUCUAUGCUGUCAUGUUAAGUUUAGGCAAAUGAAAUGUCAAGUUGAGUGUGUGUGUGAGUGAGUGAGUGGUGCCUUGCACAUCGCUACACCGUUACUGUGAACUAUUUAUGAAUAUUAAAACCUUUUUAGCGUGGGUGUGCGCUUUAAUGCUAAAGUCAUGAGCAGGCUCAUACUGUAAUAUACGCAGUCUCCACCUCUACACACACUCUGCAAUACACUGUAUGUAAAUACUACUCAUAUGUUGGUCAUAAUAUAUUUCUGGGAGUUCAUGGUACUUGUAUCUAAUAGUCAACUUGAAUCAGUUCCUCUGUCAUGUACAUGGUUGCCUGCAAGUUUGCAUGGAUGAUUUUGGAUUGAAUGGGUAUCAUUCAACACCAUUCAUUUCAUUUAAUCUUCCUUCUAGGGCCUGAAUAUUAAACUGACAGGAGAAAACUAAGCUAUUAAACAGAACUCAGUUCUGUCACAAACGGUUACUUGCAUCCAUUUUGGAAGGCGACAUGCACAGUUCGAGGUUGUAAACUGUGCAAAGUCUUUGCCAUUUUGUGUCUGAUGCCAUAUUGUGGUCAAAUUUGAGUCUGAGAUUACAGAUUAAAUUUGACUGGUUGCCUGCAUUGUCUUGUAUCAUCAACAUCAAUGUAUGAUGUAAAAGCACUAGAGACAUCAUGUGCUAACUCCCAUCUAACAAUGUUGCCAGUUCGGCAGCAUGAGAGAAUGUUGGGAUAUAUGGGCACAUUUUAAAACUGGCUGACAUUUUCGUGGCACUUGCUUGUAAAUUUUAUUGGUGUCUUUGAGGAAAUAGAAAUAAGCCAUUAAUAUUUGGGAAAUUUCCCUUGGCUUUGUGCAACAAGAGCAAAAGAAUGGAAACUUAUUAAAGAUAGUUGCCAAGUUUCAGGGGGUUUUCCUUUCCAAAGGAGUGAGGAAGGAUUUUAUGUUAUUCAGGUGUGAAGAGAUGACCAAAGUUCUGCAUUAUUAAUCAAUAUUAAAUGCCACAGUAUUGAUGCUGUUGCUUUAGGAACCGCCAUAGAUUCUCGUUUGGGAGAGAUGGUGACAAUAGCUAGGAUAGAUUUUCAUAAUGUUACAGAGGUUGGUCCUAAUUCAUCCAUUUAUAGACUUUCCUCUUGAUGGAUGUCGAGCCUCUUUUUGUGAAUUAGCAAUGCUGUUUAACUGCAGUGAUCACAAAUUAGGAAUGCUCUGUCCCCUUCAUGCUAUGUCACCCUUGUUAUCACUUUAAAAAUGCAGUAAUAUUGUCAUUUGUACUGCAGAUUUGCUGUAGUUUCAAUGCAUAUUGCACUUUGUACAUUUUGUUGAAAUGAUGUACUGUAUGUGUUUCUUAUGGGAAUAAACUUUUUCAUUACAUUUU